CCACCGGGUCCACUAAUUUCUCAGAUACUCAAACAAGAUCUCUCACACCCUCUUUGGGGUUCUUUCUUCUCUUUUGACUUGGACUUUCUUUCUCUCUCAACAAAAACAUACACACGCAACAAUCUGCAACACUUCUGCAACAACAUUUAAUAAUACCAAACACACCUUCCUCUCAAACUAUCUUUCUCAUCAACCUCUUCCUCUUCUUCCCAGCUUCACUAACGUGCGCAUUCCACCUCACCAUCAUGUGCGUAUUGCGCCACCGCAAACACCACCAUCAUCAUUGGUUGUUACUCAUUUUCAUUUUUCUCUUGUUCUCUUCAACUUUUGCCAUAACCAUUCUCGCACCACAACCCAGUAGCGGAACAGUGAAGCACAAAGACAAGGAAAAUGGGUCUCCGGCAUCACAGUGGAAGAGAGAAGUGGCCGAGCAGAAGAAACUUGGCGGUCCAGGGUCGACGCCUCCAUCAUGUAGAUCCAAGUGUGGUUGGUGCAACCCAUGUCAUCCGGUUCAUGUUCCGGUUCAACCCGGUUUUAUCAUACGUCUUGAGUAUUAUCCAGAAGCUUGGCGUUGCAAGUGUGGCAACAAGCUUUUUUUGCCUUGAUUGAAUAAUGAUGACAAUAUAUAUUUAUAUAUUUUUAUAUAUAUAAAUAAAAAUGAGUAAUCCUAGUACAAAAGAAAAAAAAAAAACACAAACGUUGCCAGAACCGAACAGAGAAAAUGUUGCAGAGCAGCCAUCUUAAAUUUUUACCCUUUUGGGCUUUUUUUUGUUAUCAUCAUCAUGCAUUAAUUAAUGUUACUAAGGUUGAGUUUUUGGAUGUGCUUGCUUGCUUGCUUCUUGUGAGUACUACUGCUGAUAUUGAUUUUGAGUUAACCUUUUAAGGGAGUUUCAUUGGGAAUGUAAGAUGUUUGGGUUUGGUGUGAUUAUCGAGAAUAGACCCUCUCUAUUGUACAUAGAAGAUGAUGAUUUAUGUUUCCUUUUUUGUUUUUUGGUUUAUGUUUGCAUUUACCCCUUUAUGACAAAAUAUGUUAAGGUUGUAGUAACUUGGAGUAAUUUGUAACUAUAUGAAUUAUUUGAUUAUCCUUCUCUUCACAAAA